ACCACUAUUCUUAACUGUAUGAACAGAAAAAAAAAAAGAAAACAUUUUUCUCAUUUCUUGAUUGAUUAACUUUCUUCAAUUCCUCAUAAUUGUUCCUUUUUAUUUUUUCCCCCCAAUAAUUUAUUCUCAUUAUUUUUUCAAGAAACAGAGUAUUUUUCCAGCUCUAAUUCUCCUCACACCUUUAAGAACUCAAAAUUUAAGUACUUCAAUGGAGACCCUUUUUCCGAAUUCGCUCGUCUCGAGCUCCGGUUGGCUGCCACGUCACGGCUACGGCGCCGCCAUGUGGACUAAGGAAGAGAACAAGAAAUUCGAGAGCGCCUUAGCUAUUUUCGACGAGAAUACUCCGAAUCGGUGGUUCCACGUGGCAGCCAUGAUCCCCGGAAAGACGGUGUAUGACGUCAUGAAUCAGUACCGUGAGCUGGAGUCUGAUGUCAGCGAUAUCGAGGCCGGUUUGGUUCCGGUGCCCGGUUACUUAGUCUCCUCUUUCACGCUCGACUCCGGCGAAGAAGAUGACCGGAGUUUCUUCAUAGACUCUUACCGGAAAAGGGCUCGGGCUCCUGAUCACGAACGGAAAAAGGGCGUCCCUUGGACAGAGGACGAACAUAGGCGUUUUCUAUUGGGACUGAAGAAGCAUGGGAAAGGGGAUUGGAGGAACAUCUCGAGGAAUUUCGUGAUGACGAAAACGCCAACACAAGUGGCGAGCCACGCGCAGAAGUACUACCUGAGACAGCUGUCGGGAGGGAAGGACAAAAGGCGGCCGAGCAUCCACGACAUCACCACCGUCGAUCUCAAACCCGACACAACCCAGAUGACCAAUUUUCAAAAUAAAGAGAAAUCCAACCAACUCACCAACAUAUCUUGCGACCCAAAGACAAUGUUGGAUUGGAAUCACAAUGGCGCGGGCCGUUACGCGAUGAAUAUCGGUGCUUGUGCUCCAAGAUUUGGCUUCUAAUUUGAAGGUUGAUAAAUAUAUAUGGUGUAUGUGGGAAAAUAGUUGCUAUGUGAGUGUGCUUCCAUGGUUGAACUCAUUAAUAACACACAUAUAUGUGUUUUUUCUUGUGUGGAGUGAUCUCAAACUAGUUUGUUGUUUAGAAGGAUUAUGGGUUUAUUGUGAUUUUAUCUCUUUUAAUUUGUUUCAUUAAGUUUGUUCACUUGAAGUAAUUAUGUUUUAGUGAGCUACUUGUUUAGAUGCAAUCUCUCUCAUUUCAUU